AUGGCGGACGAUAUUGGUUCAUUUGAGUUAAACACCGGAGCGAGGAUCCCUUCGUUAGGGUUAGGGACCUGGCAAUCAAGCCCUGGCCUCGUCGGCGACGCCGUCGCCACCGCUGUCAAGAUUGGUUUGGUUCUGAAGAAGCUGUUUGAAGACGUUGUGGUGAAUCGCGAGGAUUUGUGGGUCACAUCCAAACUCUGGUGUACCGAUCAUGCGCCAGAAGAUGUGUUAAGAGGCAUUGGACAGGACUCUGCGAGACUUGCAGCUUGA